CGCGGUCCUGUUGUCGAGUUUUUGGUGUCACCGGAAAUUGUGUCCGUUCGUGUGCCGCGGAAGGUUCCGCGCUAAAAUGGCCGCGUUGAGAUGCGGCACUCUGGAAUAUCUCCCCGAAAAUGUUUUAAUCGACAUCCUGUCUUAUUUAAACGCGCGAGAAGUCGUUCGAAACUCGAGGGUGUGCAGGCGCUGGAAGCAGCUGGUGAAGGACCAGAGACUCUGGAGAGUUGUUGAUCUCUCCACAUGGAAAGGGCUGACGUCUCGAGCUCUGUGGGUCCUUCUGCGUCAGUAUCUGGGCCCCGGCCUGCGGUGUCUGCGUCUGCGCGGCCUGCUGCUGUCUGCGCGCCGCGGAGCCUUCCUCACCGAGUCCUGGCUGCAGACGCUGCGCUCUAAAUGCCCUCGCCUGCGCAGACUCUGCUUGCAGCACACAGACCUGCGGGGCCUGCGCAGCUGCUCUCUGCUGCCCCCGUCGCUGCAGGAGCUGGAGCUGCGCUCGUGCGAGGUCCCGGCCGGGUUCUUCGCUCAGGAGCCCGAGAUAGAAGCGCUCGUCCUGGACACCGUGCCGUCGUUCUCGGACCAGCACCUGCGCAGUCUGUGCAGCUGGAGGCGUCUGCGGCGGCUGGAGCUGCGCGAUCUGAUCCGCGUGAGCGCAGGCGGACUCGGGGGCUGCGUGCAGACGCUCGGACGCCUCACGCACCUGGAGCUGGAGAACCGCAGCUGGACGCAGAUGCUGGCGCUGGGGCUGGGCCGGGGCUGGCCGGGGCUGGACACGCUGCGUCUGGGCGGGAACGAGGUCAGCCCGGGGCUGCUGUCCGUCAGUCGUCUGCAGGACCUGCGCUGGCUGCAUCUGUGCAAGUGCAGACUGAAACAGAAGAUGGUGCUCAGAUGCUGCAGGUCUCUGUCUCGGCUGCGUCUGCUGGAGUUCAGCGAGGUGGAGUUUGUGGAGGAUGAGGAUGAUCUGAGGGAGGACGGCGAUGAAGACGACCCUGUGCCGGGUCUCAGGCGCUCCUUACACUCGCUGCUGCCCGACUGUCGAGUGUGUUUCAUCCGCUGCUCGCUCACCGUCCACAGACUGAGACUGAACACACACACACACACACACACACACGCACACUUUACCUCACACAACAUGACCUCUGCUGUCAAACAGUCCGCAUCUGUCUCCAGGUUUCAGACUGUUUAAAUGACAAAUUGCAAUAAUUAAAUCUGCUGUGCAUUACAAAAGUAGUUUUGGACUUUGACGUUACGCCAUAAAAAAUAUCAGUCCUGAAAAAAGACGUUGUUUUUAUUUAAACCACAGAAUGUAAUUUUUCAUACAGGUGAAAUUAGAUGUUUUCUAGAGAAUUUCAUUACUUUAAUCCCGUUUAUGCAGUAGUCACGUUGUGGUACAAACUCAAUAUUAAAUAUUGCAUGAAUAAAAAAUAUUUUGCGCAA